AAAUCAAAGCCAAUAAGAGAGGAAACAGAGAAGAAAAAAAUAGAGAGAUUUCCAUAGAGAGAGAAGGUGACGGUGAAUUGGUGAUGGAGAUGCCAGUCAUAGACGAUCUUCCAAAGAACGCCGCCAACUACAUGGCUUUGACGCCGUUGUGGUUUUUGGAACGAGCCGCUACUGUUCAUCCGACAAGGAAAGCGGUGGUCCAUGGAUCUCGUACCUACACGUGGCUCCAAACUUACCAGCGUUGCCGUCGCUUGGCUUCAGCUCUUUCUAAACGGUCCUUCGGCGUCGGUAGCACGGUAGCCGUAAUUGCUCCCAAUGUCCCUGCUUCUUAUGAAGCUCAUUUUGGAAUUCCAAUGUCUGGUGCUGUUAUAAACCCUGUCAAUAUUCGCCUAAAUGAAUCGUCCAUUGCUUUCCUUUUGGGUCAUUCACAAUCUGCCGUUGUCAUUGUGGACCAAGAGUUUUUCCAUUUGGCAGAGGCUGCUUUGAAAAUCAUGAAGGACAAAAGCCAAGGCAAUUUCAAGCCUCCACUUUUGAUUGUCAUUGCUGAUGAAAGCUGUGAUCCAAAAACCCUUAGGUAUGCUUUGGGACAAGGAGCCAUUGAGUAUGAGAAGUUCUUGGAAAGUGGUGACCCUGACUUUGCUUGGAAGCCUCCUCAGGAUGAGUGGCAAAGCAUUGCUUUGGGUUAUACCUCUGGCACAACAGCCAGCCCUAAAGGGGUGGUAUUACAUCACCGAGGGGCAUAUCUCAUGUCUUUGAGUAAUCCUCUUAUAUGGGGGAUGAAUGAAGGAGCUGUCUACCUGUGGACUCUACCCAUGUUCCAUUGUAAUGGUUGGUGUUUUACUUGGGCACUCGCAGCUCUUUGUGGAACAAACAUAUGCCUCCGACAGGUAACAGCAAAGGGAGUCUACUCAGCCAUAGCGAAGUAUGGCGUGACUCACUUCUGUGCUGCACCUGUGGUGCUCAAUACCAUAGUUAAUGCCCCACCUGAGGACACAAUUCUGCCUCUCCCUCGUAUUGUUAAUGUAAUGACAGCUGGUGCUGCCCCACCGCCAGCUGUUCUCUUUGCAAUGUCCAAAAAAGGUUUCCGUGUUACCCACACUUACGGUCUCUCAGAAACCUAUGGUCCUUCUACGGUGUGUGCAUGGAAGCCUGAAUGGGACUCGCUGCCACCUGAAACCCAAGCUCGCCUAAAUGCACGUCAGGGUGUCCGAUACAUUGGUUUAGAGGGCCUAGAUGUCAUCAGCACCCAAACUGGUCAGCCCGUUCCCGCUGAUGGAAAAACUAUUGGAGAAAUAGUGAUGCGUGGAAAUCUUGUGAUGAAGGGCUACUUAAAGAACCCAAAAGUGAACGAGGAAACAUUUGCGAACGGGUGGUUUCACUCCGGGGAUCUUGGUGUGAAGAAUCCAGAUGGGUAUAUUGAAAUUAAAGAUAGGUCAAAGGACAUUAUCAUAUCUGGGGGUGAAAACAUCAGCAGCGUGGAGAUAGAAAAUACUCUGUACUUGCACCCUGCAGUAUUGGAGGCAGCAGCGGUGGCAAGGGCGGAUGAGCGCUGGGGCGAAUCUCCUUGUGCUUUUGUGACCUUGAAGCCAGGGGAGGAUAAAUCCGAUGAACAGCGGUUAGCCGAAGACAUAAUGAAGUUCUGCAGGUCGAAGAUGCCUGCUUACUGGGUUCCAAAAUCAGUGAUUUUUGGUCCACUGCCAAAGACAGCUACAGGUAAGAUUCAGAAGCAUGUGCUGAGAGCUAAGGCAAAAGAGAUGGGACCUGUCAAGUUGAGUAAGUUGUAACCUGGUAAGUUGAAAACUAUACCAUUUGGUACCCCCAAUCCCUCAAAAAAAAAAAAAAAAGGCAGCGGAAUUGCUAGUAUACAGUGGUACAAACUGUCAGGUGGUUUUAUUUUGUAUGUCUGGGAUAAUUGCUGUAGGCCCGUUGCAUAUUUUAUGAAUAAAACUUUUUCAUAGCAAA